AUACGCAAGUUUGUUAGUUAGUUAGUUGGGUGGCUGCUUAAAGAGUGUGUUUCAUCGCCUCUAGACAUUACGGUUUAGAUUGACAUAACUGUCAAAAUAUUUGCAGAGGAGGAUGGAGACCGGCCUCAGUCCGUUCCCCCAGGCUACGCAGCCGUAUGUGUUCAUGCAACCACCCCCUACAGCGGGGGGAGGGCAGCGGGUCCAGCAGCGGCAACCCAAGUGCGCCCGAUGUCGAAACCACGGUGUGCUCUCAUGGUUGAAGGGACACAAGCGUUACUGUCGGUUCAAGGAAUGCAUGUGCGAGAAGUGCAUCUUAAUAGCGGAACGGCAGCGGGUCAUGGCGGCUCAGGUAGCUCUUAGGAGACAGCAGGCCCACGAGCAAAGCAUACUGUACCAGUACCAAAUGGCUCGUAGUCUGGCGGGCGGUGAUUCGGAAUCGUCCGAGAAGGCUGGCGGCGAAGAAGAACAUGUUCACAGCGACUCGGGUGAGAGUUUGGAUACCAGCACCACGGAAAAGAAGGACACAGAGAAACACUCAGUGACGCAGAACGAAACAUCGAAAGAAAACGGAAAUAAAAUUCCAGGUAUUAAAGAUGAAAAAGAUGCGUGUCCCACAAGCCCUUGCGACGACAACGAUAGUUACGACGACUAUGGGAACACCGAUGAGCAGAGUGAUGAAGGGGAGCAGUAUACGAACGAGAAAUCCUGCAAACCAACAGACAUAUCACAGGCUCCACCGGGAGAGGUUAAUUAUUCGACCAAAGUAGCGACAUCCCCGCCACCGACAAUCAAAACAGUUGACAAAAUAGCCGAGAAAACUGAGUCAUCGAGGACGAGCGUGAAAGAGCGUGAAACGUCACCACCGGUAUCACCGUCUUCGUCGUCGUCCGCGCUGCUAGCAACGGACUCGGAAAAAAAAUCAAAACGACCGCCACUUGAGAUCUUGAAGAAAAUCUUCCCCACCCAUAAACUUGAAAUUUUAGAACUUAUUUUGAAAGGCUGUAACGGGGAUCUCAUCAGCGCAAUUGAACUGUUGCUGUCAAGUAGAACGUGUGUGCAGUACAACAUCGCCAGAAACAAGGAUUCCACCCCGAGUGGCCACCCGUCGGAGCCGGGCAGAGACAUGAUUUCUAUGGAGAGCGCCCUCACGCGAUUAGACGACGAGAAAGAACGUAAUUCCGCUUUCCGGUCGUUGCAGCCGUCAACGAGCAGCGGAAGUCACCCGUAUUACGCCAGUCUACCAAUAACGUCACCACUACAGCACGGCUUCUCGUCGCGAUCGCUGAAUCGUUUCCAACCCUACCGACCGUCACCGUAUUCUUCCCCACCAAACAUCGACAUGGCCUCGCUAGAUCCGCGCCACGGCCGAGCGCAGCUACCACACUUACCGUACGACUACUUCAAUCCUCUGCUCGCCAUUCCGAACGGCAGAUUCCCCCCACCGAUGGUUGGGCCCCAAAGUCCGCUAGAAGAAGGUCUGCAUCUGCGAAGUGCAUUGAAUAAUAGACAUCAUUCUGUCGACACGCCCACCAGUGGGAGUAAAAUAUUGAACGGAGCAGCCGACAUACCGGAAAUGGGGAGGAGACACGAGAAAUCGAAUAGCGAUUCAAAAACUGGGCAUAAAGUGCGACACAUUCUGAGUUAAACCAUAUGAAAUAUGCACAUUUGAAUGAAAUGCAUGUUACGUAACAAACGACUCUUGGAAACUGUCAUGAAUGAAUAUUUUCAAGUAUAACGCAACUUGUGAUAGGUCAAAUAUGGGUAAACGGCUGGACCAAUAAGGUUGACUAAAUUUGGAAUAACGUCAUAGCAGUGGUGUGUCGCCACUAAUGGAAAUAGGCCUCGCAGUUAACCGACUUAACACACGUCAUCAAGUUUGUCAUUUUUUAUAAAAACAGUAGUGCCUAUUGGAUAUGAUGCAGCGGAACUUGCAGAUAUUGAGCCAUUUGUUCAUUAGUUUAUGCGGAAAAUCGUUUAGUCUCUGGAGUAUAAUUUCAAAAAUGUCGGAACUGUUUUGCCAAGUAAAAGAAACUUAACAAAAUCGCAGGAAACUAAAGUAAAAAUUGACAAAAAUAGAAGUCAUUUAGACUUUACACCGGUUCUAGAGCCGCGUGAUUUUUUUUUUUGAAGAAGAAGACAGUGGAACCAAAAACACGGAAUAAAGUGUCUGUUUAAAAUGCAAUCUGAACAAGAACAAUUGUUAGUACUGUUGUUUGAUGGUGUAUGUUGAUAAAUUAGACUACGCUGUAUUUGUAGCUAAUACUGCUGCGUAUUCUGCAAAAUGAUAAGAUAAAUCACAAUCUGCUUCGGUCUACAUUAAGACUGGAGUGUCGAACAAUAUUUAGAAAUAUAAAUAUAUGUUUUCGUCUAUAUUGCGUUGUUUAAGCCACGCAACGCGCGCGUAUGCGUAUAAUACAAUCGCGUUUUAUGCGUUGCAUGAGACCCAUAUAAAAGAUACGCGUUGCGAUGACUGAGGAGCUUUGACGUCACAAUAAACGGAACAUGUUUAUGCCACACGGCUUUGAUACAUCCAUGGGCUGAACUUGUUUGCAUGUGGGCAUAUGUACUGUUUGUAUUAGCAUGUACUUGCGUAGUUAAAGCGGUAGCGUCGUCACCUGCGCAUGCGUCAGAUGGUCAUAGCGUGUCGCUGUUCACAAACAAGCGUCUACCUAUGAGCCUUUGCGUUUUUAGCGUGUGUUGUUAUCGUCGCUUGGGACUCAAUUCCCGCGCGUGCGAAGGUGACGACCCUCUCGCUUUAAGCAAUUCAGAUGUACGUUUUAACCCAUGAUACUCGAUGUGAUAACGAGAGCUGACUACUACUUAGAUAAGU